AACCUACUCAGCUUCAUCUUGACUUUUGUCUUACGGCCCGAGCACCCGCUAUUGCCGCAUUUACAAACGUUUCCAUAACGCGCAAAGGGGCGCGACGCUCAAAAUUAGAGCAAAGGAUCGGGCCGCGUGCAGGUUCCUUCUCGCCUCAGCAGUCGCCCCCCACCCUCGCUUUGUGGGCUGAGCAUUGGCAGCACUCGCAACAACCUGAGCACCGCUCUUGAGACCCUCUUUCGGACUCCGUGUAGCGACAGCCGUCCCGGCACCGGGCCCACUUCCAUCGAUCGGGUUCAUUCCAUCCAUCAUUGUUGCUUUGGUGACCUCGCAGCGCCAACCCGCUUCAGCUCACUUGGCUACUUUUACACAUCCAGUCAUGUCGGAUCCUUCCAAGCGAAAUCUGCCAACGGGUGGACAAAAGUUGUCGGAGCGUAUCGCAGCCUUGCAGCGCAAAGCGUCCGAUGGCUCGCCAAACACCAACGCAUCAUCUUCAAGCUCCUCAGGGCCAGCUUCGAGUACUAUGGGCGUACGAACACCCUCGGGUUCUUCCUUGACUGUACCCGGCUCACGUUCAGUUUCGGGUGGUGGUGGCAGCAGCAGCGUCGGGAGCAAUGCUCGAAGCGUUCAGGAUCGCAUAGCUCGAUUUCAAGCAGGUGUGGAAACGACUGGUGAAAAGCCGUUGAUACCCAGGAGCAGCUUUGGUGCGCCUGCACCCGCACCUGGAGCAGGACAAGGCGCUCUGAAACCGUACCAGGGGGGCGGUAGCGGUGCUUGGGGUGAAGGCGUGCUCAGACCUCAGCUCACAGGCGGCGCUUGGUUGGGCAACAAUAGAGGUGGCCCUUGGGCUGAUGGACAGGUCAAACCGCAGUACACUGGCGCUAGUGGGCCCGGACCUCGACCUCAGAUGACUGGAGGGGCUUGGGGAAGAUCUCGAGACUUUAGCGAUCAGCCACGCAUGCCGGGAGUGGGCAAAGAUGCUUUCCUAGAAUUGGACGAAGAUGCGCGCCUAAGCAAGGCUCGCAGCCCUUCUCCGCUAUCUGGUGCAGGCAGCGCAGCGGGCUCGCCAGCUCGGGAUAAACCACCUACCAGCCGUAGACUAUCCGCUUUCAGCACGGCCCAGCUGGACGCUGCGAGUGCAGGAUUAGCCAGAUCUUCAAGCCUUCGAAGGUCAGCUAGCGAGAGCACCGAGCCGGAACCUCCCAAGAGCCCGUUGAAGCCACCAUCUUUCGCUCCGAGCAGCGCGAAUCACUCGUUGAGAGAUCUGCCUGAUACUCCCACCACCGAGCCCGGUAGCUUGUCCGCUGCGGGAAGCAAGACUAGCAGCGCAGACGUCUUUGGAACGCCAGCCAAGACGAACGGAAACAUGCCCAGAUUGCCAGAUCCUCCAACCACCUUGCCCACUCCGCCAACUACUGGAAGCACGAGCGCAAAUUCGGACAUCGAGAUCGAAGUAGCCAAUGCAUCUCCGACAAAAAUGGCGGCGCUACGGCGGCAGCUGGACGAUUCAGAGCACUUGGGGGCUUCGCGCCGCGCAGCAAGCGUUGCUGCUCGCAGUGAGGCGAGCGACGAUGGUGGAGCAUCCGCCAUUGGCCGAUUAGCGCUGCACGAAUCAUCGUCUGACGAGGUGGACAGCAGAUCCAAUUCGCCCACCGAUGCCUUUGUCAGGUCCCCGCCUUCCGCAGGUAAACCCGCUUUAUUAGGAUCCGACUUGCCUGCGCGAGCGCAGGUGGAGAGGACCAGCUCGGGCAGAGUCGAUCCGACGGACCCAAAAGCUCAUGAGGUGCAGGGACCAGAGUUGCUGGUCCCCUCUGACGAUGCGGCAAAGAGGUACAGUUCGUCCAGCACCGCCUCGGAGGCUGGCGUCAAGGUGCUUGGGUACGACGCCAAUGCUGUCGCAGCUUAUCGAGAAGGCAACGCCACAUACAGCGCGAGCCCGGGCGGAAAGGUCGAAGGUGCAAGCCCCACUACGGCGAAAGUUGCAGGCGAUGCGCCCACUUCUAGAGAUGCCACAAAUACAGUGCGCAGCUCAGAGAGAGAAAUGAACGCGUUCAAAGCUUCGGCAGCGAAUGCUGGGCCGAAACGCAGCGCCACGCUGGGCAACUUCCCGACGACCGAGAGCGGACCUGAUUUGUCGAAUGGCAAUUCGGUCGAAACGGCACAGAGAGCCAGAGAUGCUAUCAACCUCGGAAGGAGCAAAAGUCAGAAACUUAGAAGACCUCCGCCUGGCGUGAUGCUCACUGCGGCAGACUUGGAUGCCAGCGACGACGAGUACGAACCUGGUUGGGCUUCCGUCAUCUCUUCUUCGCGCAAUUGAGGGAUGAAGCGUCCUUCAUCAUGCCCUCACAUUACCCACCUGUUCGAACGCGUCACCUAUGGCCUGUCCUUCGCGUUUCAAUC